AUUUCCCGGCAGUGUGUGGGUGAGGAGAACUGGGUGGACAGCAGGACAAUCUACAUUGGACACAAGGAGCCUCCUCCAGGGGCCGAAGCCUUCAUUCAACAAAGAUUCCCGGACAACCGCAUAGUGUCCUCAAAGUACACAUUUUGGAACUUCAUCCCCAAGAACAUGUUUGAGCAGUUCAGGAGAGUUGCCAACUUCUAUUUCCUCAUCAUAUUUUUGGUUCAGUUGAUCAUUGACACACCCACCAGUCCAAUCACGAGCGGACUCCCGCUUUUUUUUGUCAUCACCGUGACGGCGAUCAAACAGGGUUACGAGGACUGGCUGAGACACAAAGCCGACAACUCCGUCAACCAGUGUUCCGUCCACGUGGUGCAAAACGGCAAAGUGAUCCGCAAGCAGAGUCGCAAACUACGGGUGGGAGACGUCGUCUUUGUGAAAGAAGACGAAUCCUUUCCCUGCGAUCUCAUCCUCUUGUCUUCGUCCCGGGAUGACGGAACCUGCUUUGUCACCACGGCGAGUCUUGACGGCGAGAGCAGUCACAAGACAUACUAUGCAGUGCAGGACACCAAAGCUUACAAUGCUGAGAAGGAGGUGGACUCAAUCCACGCUACCAUCGAAUGUGAACAACCACAGCCAGAUCUGUACAAGUUUGUCGGUCGCAUCAACAUUUAUAUGCACAAUGAGCCAGUGGCGAGGCCAUUAGGAUCCGAGAACCUGCUUCUCAGAGGAGCCACGCUGAAGAACACGGAGUACAUUUAUGCAGUUGUCAUCUACACCGGGAUGGAAACAAAGAUGGCUCUCAACUACCAGUCCAAGUCUCAGAAACGCUCUGCAGUAGAAAAGUCAAUGAACGCCUAUUUGGUGGUCUACUUAUGCAUUCUCAUCAUCAAGGCCAUUAUCAACACGGUGCUCAAAUACGCGUGGCAGGCCGACCCAACCAGAGACGAGCCCUGGUACGAUCAAAGAACUGAGGUGGAGAGGCAGAGAAAUAUUGUGAUAAGAGCCUUCACAGACUUCCUGGCUUUCAUGGUCCUAUUCAACUACAUCAUCCCUGUUUCCAUGUACGUCACUGUGGAGAUGCAGAAGUUCCUGGGCUCCUAUUUCAUUAUGUGGGAUGAUGAGAUGUUUGACCAGGAGCUCGGGGAGAGAGCAGUGGUCAACACAUCAGACCUGAAUGAAGAGCUGGGACAGGUGGAGUACGUGUUUACGGAUAAGACGGGAACGCUGACGGAAAACAACAUGGAGUUCAUCGAGUGCUGCGUGGAUGGACACGUUUACGUCGCCCAAGCUAUUUGCAAUGGACAGGUGAUGCCCGGUGCAGAUAGCAUGGACAUGAUUGACACAUCACCAGGUCCCGAGGCCAGGGAGCGCGAGGAGUUGUUUUUCCGUGCGCUGUGCUUAUGCCACACCGUGCAAGUGAAAGAGGAGGAGACGGUAGACGGCAUCAAGCAGGGCAUCCAUCACGGCAAGUCCACUUCCUUCUACAUCUCAUCAUCCCCGGAUGAGGUGGCGCUUGUGGAGGGCAUGAAGAGGCUCGGCUUCACGUAUCUGAGACUCAAAGACAGUCACAUGGAGAUCUUGAACAGAGAGGAGGAGAUUGAGAGGUUUGAACUCCUGGAAGUUCUGACCUUUGACUCGGUCAGACGGAGGAUGAGCGUCAUUGUCAAGGCCAGCACCGGUGAGCUGUACCUGUUCUGCAAAGGAGCAGACUCGUCCAUCUUCCCGAGGGUCGUAUCAGGCAAGGUGGAUCAAGUCAGAGCUCGGGUGGAGCACAAUGCGGUGGAGGGUCUUAGGACACUCUGUGUGGCAUAUCGGCCUCUCAGUCCAGCGCAGUACCAGGAGGUGUGCCAACUGCUGAGUCGAGCCAAGUUGGCACUACAGGACAGGGAGAAACGGCUGGCGGAGGCCUACGACAUUAUUGAGAAAGACCUCAUCCUGCUAGGAGCCACCGCUGUGGAAGACAGACUGCAAGAAAAAGCGGCGGACACCAUCGAGUCUCUGCACAAGGCCGGUAUGAAGGUGUGGGUGCUGACGGGUGACAAGAUGGAGACGGCGGCCGCCACUUGCUACGCCAGCAAGCUUUUCCACCGCAACACGCAGAUCCUGGAGCUGACCACCAAGCGCACAGAGGAGCAAAGUCUUCACGAUGUCCUCUUCGAUCUGAGUAGAACUGUCCUCAGGCACCACGGUGGCAUGAGCAGGGACGUUUCUGGUUUAUCGGGUGACUACACGGACUACGGCCUCAUCAUCGACGGAGCCACCCUCUCGACAGUGAUGAAGCCAGGCCAGGAGGACUCCAACUCGGGGAACUACAAAGAAAUCUUCCUGGAAAUUUGCCGCAACUGCAGUGCCGUACUCUGCUGUCGGAUGGCGCCGCUCCAGAAAGCGCAGAUUGUGAAGCUGAUCAAGACCUCCGAGGAGCAUCCAAUCACACUUGCUGUCGGAGAUGGAGCCAAUGAUGUCAGCAUGAUCCUUGAAGCUCAUGUUGGCAUAGGUAUCAUGGGUAAAGAGGGACGUCAGGCAGUGAGGAACAGCGACUAUGCCAUCCCCAAAUUCAAACACCUGAAGAAGAUUCUCCUCGUCCAUGGACACUAUUACUACAUCCGCAUCUCUGAACUUGUACAGUACUUCUUUUACAAGAAUGUCUGCUUCAUCUUUCCGCAGUUCCUGUACCAGUUCUUCUGUGGUUUCUCACAACAGCCACUGUAUGACACCGCCUACUUGACUCUCUACAACAUUAGCUUCACUUCGCUGCCCAUUCUGGUCUACAGUCUCAUCGAGCAGCACAUCAACAUGCAAAUCCUGAAGAAGGACCCAGCUCUGUACAGAGACAUUGCCAAGAACUCGUUACUGCGGUGGCCCAUCUUCAUCUACUGGACUGUCUUAGGUGUAUAUGACGCCAUUGUGAUGUUCUUUGGUGCUUACUUCCUGUUUGACAACACCACCUUUACCAGCAAUGGACAGAUGUUUGGAAACUGGACCUUUGGGACGCUGGUGUUUACAGUGCUGGUCUUCACUGUUACAUUCAAGUUGGCCCUCGAUACACAUUACUGGACCUGGAUCAACCACUUUGUAAUAUGGGGCUCGCUUAUCUUCUUUGUGGUCUUCUCUCUGCUGUGGGGAGGGAUCAUCUGGCCUUUCCUCAACUACCAAAGGAUGUACUAUGUAUUCAUGCAGAUGUUGUCUAGCGGCCCCGCCUGGCUUAGCAUAGUACUGCUAAUUACAGCCAGUCUUCUACCGGAUGUGCUUAAGAAGGUCAUUUGGAGGUCACUAUGGCCCACCACAACUGAACGUAUACAGAAUGCUGAUAAACUAUACAAGGGACAGCUUUCGGAGUUCACCCCCCUGUCGUCUAUCCACGCCGCUCCCAAUGCUGACAGACGCGGUCAAAGUUCUGGCAGCCACAGGAACAUGCCUCACCCUACAAGGUCUGAACCUUUCACCAAGAAAGCCAUGUUGACGCGCUGGCACAGACCACCAGAUUAUUGCACCUUCACGCCCCUCCUGGGCUACACUGAUGUCAACCGCUCCUCAAAGCUGGGCCACACCUUCAAUGGGGCUGGUCCGGAGACCUCGGUGUAAUUUAUCAGUCAGCAGAAUGGAUUUCUCUUCAAAUGGACCAUAAGCUUCAAAGUUAAGCCAAUUUAUCGCUGGAACAUGAAGAGCAGAUAUGCUUAAGCCAAGUGCAAAGGGUGAAAGUGACCUUCAUGACUCAAAUCAGGAGCCAAGCAUGACACAAAGUGUUGCGGGAUGGCUCUGAAGAGGACUACUACAUUCCGACAAGGGCUCAAGAUUAAUAUCACUGCGUAGUAGCUCUUUAAUCCUGAAGUGCAAUUGGAUUGUCGGGAUGUUUUUGUAUUAUGACCAUUGUCAUCUAUGCAGAAUUGUACCUCGAUGGACUGAGCAAACAUCUCCUUUCCUUUCCUUUCUCACAGGACAAACUGGUCCUGCCUGCGUGCAAACACGUUGUCCCGAAACACUUCAUAGGACACACUGCAACAGUGUAAGAAAGUCUCAAGAGGGCAGAGGCCUACGUGUUCCUAGUCUAGCUAGCGUCUAGCAUAGAGACAUUAGCGUAUGUUUGGUGUUUUGCCCCGUGUACAAUAGACGUCAUACUAGCAUGUAUGCUGCUAGCACUCGACCUGGCUGUCACCCUUUAGUUGUGCCCCCUUUUUCCGACGCAAUCUCCCGCUAGCGGUGGUAGUUGCGCGACUCUAUGCUAGCUGCUUACGAAUCGCAGUAUUGCUCAUAUUAACCGUAGGUGACAUUAUGGAGGCUACAGCUGCGCUCUCAAUAUAUUCCUGUGAUGGUGAAAGAGAAAAGUCCUUUUCAGACAGCUAACCGUAAACUAGCGGUGGGGAAAAUGAAGCUUCGUGUUGUAUUCUUUGGCUCCUCUAGAUGGCGAUGUUGGGUUAAAGUGAGGCUUUUAAGAAAUGGCAAGUUCAGCUUUUUGGUGAGCAGUGAGUGAGUGCCAUCUAGAGGUCGAAGUGAACACAACAGCGGAUUCAUGAAUCAUCUUGAAGCUUCAUUUGCCCAUCAUUACCGUAAAGCCCGUGUAUAAAAGAUCCCUAUGUAUUGAAUUGCCACGCGCCAGUCUCAACUCUUCUCUUCCUUCCUUCCUUCCUUCCUUCCUUCCUUCCUUCCUUCCUUCCUUCCUUCCUUCCUUCCUUCCUUCCUUCCUUCCUUCCUUCCUUCACACUCUCCUCCAGUCGUUGUCUCUGGCAAUGACGCUGAAGGGCCACCUGACCACCAGCUUGACUUUGCCCAGUUGUCAUCUUCACGCUCCAGGACGCCAAUAGAACGUAGUGGGAGAAAUGUCGCUCUCCAUUGGGCGUCUCUGAAACAAAGCCUUGUUGUCGCCGCUUGGGAUGUGUGUAGCUGCUUCCUGUUAGGUGCCUUGCGUAGCUGAUAUUGCAGCAGGUGAAUGUAAACGCAUUUCACUCCCAACAUCAAUCCAAAAAAAAAAGACGUUUGACCACUUGAUUUCCUUAUUUGUAGGUUGUUGUUUUUUUAUGUUUUAUACGCUGCGCAUGCAGGAAGACCAAUGUUAUUUAAAUGCAGUUGACCAAUGUUACAAACUGUGACUUUCUUUGAGCUUCACUAUUUGGACUUGCUGUUAGCUUCUGACAUAAACACCUCAUCUACAUUUGCAUUUUCUCAUGUACCUCGAGUUAGGCUGUGGUGGGACUUCAAAGUGUUUUACUAUCUGACGACAGGAUUGAUUUGACACAAAUAAAGCCAAUUGGGAUGGAGAAACCACUUGA